GAAAGAUGAAUUUCAAUUGAUAGAGUCAGCAAGCUGUGAGAUCGAUUCAUUUAAAAUAUUUGACAAAAAUGAUAAACUCAUCGGUCGAUACUGUGGCACGUACAUACCGAGAAUUAUUAGAACACCUGAAAAAAUGGUGAUCAAAUUAUUAACACAAGAUGGCAGAAGAAGAGGUUUUAAGGCAUCUUAUCACAUUCAUGAAUGUAAAGAUUUCUACUAUGGUGACGAGUGUAAAACACCUUGUGACUGCAACAGAGCCAACACUGAGUUCUGCGACAAUACUGACGGCACUUGUGUCUGCAAGCCAGGCUGGGAAGGACAAUAUUGUUCCGUGGACACGAAUGAAUGCAGUUCUAAUGUCUGCCCUAGGAAUGCUCAGUGUAUCAAUACUGUAGGGAGUUAUAGCUGCCAGUGCUCUCUCGGCUAUGUAAUGAAUACAGUCACUAAAAGCUGUGAUGAGGACCGCAAUUGCAUCGAUCAGAACAAAAAGUGUUCCAACUUUUGCCAUAGAGUCAAUAAUGUUGAUCAAUGUAUGUGUCCAGAUGGAUAUGAAUUAAUGUCGAAUUAUUUAACUUGCGCAGUAUCUUUUUAUCCCAAUGGCUUAUCUGUGAAUGAUUUAAGUCUUUCAACGAAUUUGAUAAAACCACCAACAAGUCCAUAUUACUACACCAGUCUGCCAAUCAAACUUGGAACAGGAAUGCCUUUCGGGAGCAAACUGGAAACCGAAGCUUAUAUCUUCAGCAAUGGGGUCAUCAAAUUUGGAGACCCUGACCUCUCUGCUGACCCCGACUUGAAUUUGACAAAAUCAUCUGGGUAUAGACUUCUGGCACCAUUUUGGACGAAGACAGACCAAACGAAAGGUGAAGUCUACUACCACUUGUAUGAGAAGUGUGAGCCGACUGACUUCUCCGAACCUGCACAGUUCCAGUCACCAGCUAAAGCACAAGUCUUUGAGAGAGCAGUCAAAGAUCUAAAAAUUUAUCUUAAUGUGGAUAAUUUUGAGAUUUUCAAAGUACUUGUUGCGACUUGGAAAAACAUUGAAAUAUUUGGUGCAAAGGAAAAAAGUAGCUUCCAAGCAAUAUUAAUAAGUGGCUACCCAAGAAACUCACAAUCAAUCAAUGAAGAAAAUAGUUUUGUGCUUUAUUUGUAUCCGAAAAGUCAAAUGACAUCUUCUUUGACAAGAAAUCCUUCACUGGUUGUGGGCUUUAACUCAGAUUCUGCUACACAGCUAGUUACUCCUGUUACUUUAAAAUGGACACAAGGCACCUAUGUAGAAGUGAUCAAGUUUGAGGUUGGUAAAAGAUCCAGCCCCGCUCAGGACUGUGACAAGUACGUCUGUAAAAACUCCAACCUUGUACAAAAUGGGCUGUACCAGAGCCAGAUCACUGCCUUGUACCAAUGUCCUUGUAUACUGGACAGGCUGUGUCGACAGUGGACACUGUACCACACCAAAGGAGACGACAAGGACAUCUAUUGCUUUGGUUUAAAUGCGGUGGCUAAGCGAUCGCUUUUAGAAAAUAAUGCUCGUAAUAAGCUCUGUUGUUACAAAUGGAAAAAGCCGAAACCUGAAAGUUCCUGGAGAGUUUGGUCCCAGUCAAGAAUUGAGGCAUCUUUCGUCACAUACCCUGCUGAUGCUGGUCAUAUACUGCCUCUUGACCCAUGGUACCCGAACGCUCAAAUCAACAUACAAGCUCAGGAUACUUGCUGUAAAAAGUCCCAGAACAGUCAACUGUGUGGGAGGUUUUACAAACUUUUCCCAAACAUGAAAUGCGCUAUAGAUGCUACAUGUAUUAAAGGUAUUCCUGUAGGAGAUCCUCACAUAGUUACACUAGAUAACAGGACGUACACGAUGAAUGCCUGGGGAGAGUUUGUUAUGAUGAACGUGGAGUCACAGCUAUUUCAGUUCCAGGCAAGAACGGCAAGACUUAAAUUGAACAAUGGAACUUUCUCUAAUGGCACUGUCUUCACUGGCUUUGCUGCUAGAGAAAAAAAUAUUUCACACUUUCAAGCGGAAUUAUCCAGUGACUCGUUAUCAAUGGAGAUUAAAGUCAACGGCAUCGACUUCACCAAAGAGUUCUACAGUGACUUAGACUUCAGCAUUGAACUGGACUCCAUUAAUGUAGUGCGGGAUAACAGUUUAGAAAAGGUGUCUGUUGUUGCCACGUUUCCUUGUGGAGUGUCUCUGGCUGUGAAUGUCGGUGUUGGGAACUUGGAAGUUGUGGCUGAGGUGAACAAAACAUUGAAGAGUAAAACCAAAGGCCUUCUGGGUAACUUCAAUGGCCUGCCUAAUGAUGAUUUCCUGCUGCCUAAUGGCACCACACUUUCAAAUAACUUAACAGAGAAACAGAUUUUGGAGCUGUUUGCCAACAAAUAUCGAGUCACAAAUACAACAACAGUUUUUCUCUACAAGUCAGGGGAGAGCACCAAUACAUACCAGCACCCAGAGUUCACGCCCUUCUUUAUAGAGAACGUAAAUACAACAGUUUUAAACCAAGCCAAGGCUUUCUGUGGACCAACUAGAACUGCCUGUGUCUAUGAUUACAUUGCUACAGGAAAUGAAACAUUUGCCAACAACACAAAUGUUCAAAUGGAGAUUAUCGCAGCAGAUAAAGCCUUAAAAGCCAACAACUGUCCAGUGCUGGACUAUGUGAACAAAACCCAGCUUGUCAAUGGCCGCUGGUUGGUUUAUGAAGGUAAAGUGAACACCUUGCUGAUGCAAACGACAGAUGCUGACGCUGACAAAGUUGACAUUCUUCUGAUGCCAAUGUCAGGGAACAUAUCUAUGUCAGUGCGUGGACAGUUGCGCUAUGUUCCAAAUCUUGCCAAUCUUACCAAUGUGGCCCUGCGAGCCAAUGACUCCCGUAAAUGUUGGACACCAAUCCUGUAUGUACCCACAAUUGUCUGCCCUCUGUGUAGCUCUCGUGGCAUCUGUGACAGAAAUUCCACUCGAACAACCGAAUAUUUUGAUGGUCAAGUUUUAGUUUACAAAUGUCAAUGUUAUCCAGCUUAUACAGGUGAGGAUUGUGAGACAGAACUGGAUGCUUGCAAAUCUCGACCUUGCGCUAAGGGACAGAACUGCACUGAUCUUACCGCUACACAACAGGGGAACAACACGAUUGGCUAUGUGUGUGGACCUUGUCCAGCAGGCUAUGUUGACGUUAACAGGAGGUGCAUAGAUGUGGAUGAGUGUAACACAACCAGUUCACCGUGUAGUCAAGUGUGUAUCAACACAGAGGGAUCCUACGAGUGUGAGUGUGAGGAAGGCUACCUGUUGAGUAGUGUUGAUGGGAAAACAUGCAUAGAAAAAGACUGCUCUAACAAAUGUUACCAAGACAACACCGAGGUUUGUGAACAGUCCACUGGAAGGUGCAUCUGUAAAUCAGGUUGGACUGGAAGUGUGUGUUCUAUUGAUGUCAAUGAGUGCCUCGCUGACCCAUGUCCAACUAACAGAGCUUGUAAAAACAUUGAUGGUGGGUUUGAAUGCACAUGCUGGAAUGGACUCAAGCCCAGUUCUGAUGGCUCUUGUAAAGACUGCAACAGAAUGAUCACAGACAAACAAGGGAAGAUAAUGAGCUCAAAUUACCCAGAAAACUAUGAGGACAACUCUGUCUGUACCUGGACCAUAACAUCAGAGGAACCAAAUGCUAUUGUCACACUCAACUUUACAGAUUUAGAUAUUGAAGGAUGCCCGUUUGACUAUUUGGAAAUAUAUGAUGGGGUGGAUGAUACCUCAGAUCUGAUCAAACAAUACUGCUCAAGUGAGGUUGGUACAGUAGCAUCUUCUGGAAAUUCUUUGCAUAUUGUGUUUACAUCAGACGAUUCAAGCAAUCAAAGAGGUUUCCUGGCAUCAUAUGCAGCUGAAACUCAGUGCUUGACCAAGCAGUGUUCACACACAUGUGAGGUGACCUCAAAUAGCCCCAGGGUGGAGCGAUGUCUUUGUCCAGAGUGGAUGAGCCUGGAUUCAGCCACUGGUACCAAAUGUCUGGAGAUUAAUGCCUGCAACAGCACCAUACUGACCAGUGAAGGAUACAUCGUGAGUCCAGGGUUCCCGCAAAACUACAGAGACAACACAACCUGUUACUGGACCAUAGCUGCAAGAGCCAACACUGAGUUUUCUCUCAACGUUAUGGAAUUAGAACUAGAAGGUGGCAACAACUGCCCCUAUGAUUACCUGAAAGUGUUCAAUGGUACUGGCCCUUCUGCUCCAUUGGUCAACACCUACUGUGGUCAAGCUGCCCCUGUUCUCAUUACCACAAGAAACAACGGCCUGUACAUUAUCUUUAGCUCUGAUGAUUCUAUCAACAAGAAAGGCUUUAGAGCUUAUUUUAAACUCAUCUGAACGACUCAAUGCCAGUUUGAAGAUGUAAACAGAUACAUUAUAUUGUGGAGGACAGUCACAUUUUUUUUCUCCUAAUUAUUCACUCAGUUAUUCUAAAUACAAUGUAAUUAAGAAUUUCAAAUGUCAGGUAGUGACACUUUGUAAAGUCUUUAUGUUACUUCUAUCAAUUUUAAAGAAUAAAUAUAUUUAGAAAACAUCACGUUUUAAAUUUUCAUUGUUUCCACAAUUAAUGUGACCACCAGUGUUGAUUUGCUUUCAAAAGAUUUUCAUAAAGUGCAACAUUUUGAUACUUUAA